CACAGCUGCCAGGACAAACUCUGGGGCUUCACUCUUAACACGUCCCAGAUACUUCAACUUCAUCUCUAAAGCUAUCCAGUUAAAAAGGUGGAACUGUGAUGAAUCUUGGUGGAGAGAUUCCUGGGAAGCAUCUUUUAGACACCAGCCUCUUCAGCUCCUCCUCAAAUGAAGUGAAGCGGCUGCUGGUGUGGAGUGUUCAGCAGCUGCGCUUGGAAGUGGAUCUUCGCCAGAAAGGAAAGCGAGAUGAUGCCCUCCCACAGGCGCUGGCACUUCAUCUCACAGCCUCCUCUGCCGCUGCCUGCCCUUCAGCCGCUUCUUUCCGGGGCCCGGCCGCUACCAUGGCGAAUCUCCCAGCAGCCGCGAUCACACGGCAAAUCGGCAGCCGCGAUCGCGCGCAGCUCAGCGACCAGGAGGCCGGGGAGCUGCGAGACGCCGCCCGACGCCUGGUGGUGGACGGAGAUGGGCGGAGGAUCCCGUUCGGGGCCCUGUUCCGGGAUCACAGAGCCAUCGUGGUGUUCGUGCGGCAUUUCUUAUGUUACACCUGCAAAGAAUAUGUAGAAGAUCUGGCAAAAAUUCCUAAGAAUUUGUUGCAGGAGGCAAAAGUGAGACUGAUAGUUAUUGGACAGUCAUCUCACCAUCACAUUAAGCCGUUUUGUAGUUUGACGGGGUAUCCCCAUGAAAUCUAUGUCGAUCCAGAGAGGGAGAUUUAUAAAAUACUUGGCAUGAAAAAAGGUGAAGCAGCCACAACAUCAGUGCAGAGCCCACAUGUGAAAUCAAAUUUGCUGUCAGGAAGUAUCAGAAGUAUGUGGAGAGCAAUGACUGGCCCUGCUUUUGAUUUUCAGGGAGAUCCAGCUCAGCAGGGGGGGACUUUGAUUUUAGGCCCAGGUAGCAAAGUCCAUUUUGUGCACCUUGAUAAAAAUAGGUUGGAUCAUGCUCCCAUUAGCACAGUUUUGCUGCUUGCAGGAGUUAAAAUGGUAAAUUUCACAAACAAACAUCAAAUUAUUGACAUUUGACUUGCCAGAAAAAACAGAUUACACAUUUAACUUGAUACAAGAAGACAAAAAAUUCUCCAGGGAAUUGCCCUGGAUGUCAUGUUUUAUGUUCUUAUAUAACAGCUGAUAAUACAUACUGGAUCUCAGAGCACCAAGUAAAUUGCAUUAUGCUGAAGAUGCAGAUGAAUUCACACUUGCAACAUAUAGAAGAAAGCAAUAAUUAAGAUAUGACCUGCCUUUCCAAAAAUAAUUCCUAUUUGCUCUUUUCUGUCUCAAAAAAUUCUUACUAAUGCAAUUUAAAAAUCUUGAUUCAAUGUGAAGCAUUAAGCUACUUGAAAACAAAACUCUAAUAUAUCACUUUGUUCAGAAGGAAAAGCUUGGAGUUUUUGCCAUUCAGUAGGUCAUAUAUUUUCUUCACUGGUGGCUUGAAACUUUCAGCAUUAUGUGAACUUCAUAAAAUAAACUAUCAAAAAAGCAAGUGUGAACAACAGGAAGCUGACACAAGAUUAUGCCUUUUCCUGUGUCUGGCUUUAAAGAGGCACACCAAAACAUGUUUCUAUAGUUCUAAAUAAAUGUUUGAAUUACAAGA